AUGCAGUACUCCUUCCUCGCCCUCGUUGCAACUGCAGCACUCGUCUCGGCAGAGACUCUCUCGACGGUUACAUAUGCUACAUUGGCCGAGCCAACUACCAGGCCGUUCGAGACCACUUUGACCACCUUAGCUUCACCGAUCACGAGGCCUUUCGAGACGACGCGAAGAACCUUGGUCGAUCCAACGACAAGGCCAUUCGAUACUACCCUGACCACCUUGGCUUCGCCAACAACCAGGCCUUUCGAGACAACGAGAAGAACCCUAGUCGAUCCGACCACGAGGCCCUUCGAUACCACACGAAGAACCCUGGUCGAUCCAACCACGAGGCCCUUCGAUACCACGCGAAGAACCCUAGUCGAUCCAACCACGAGGCCUUUUGAUACUACGCGCAGAACACUAGUCGAUCCGACCACUAGGCCCUUCGAUACCACGCGAAGAACUUUGGUCGAUCCAACUACGAGACCUUUCGAAACCACUUUAACCACCUUGGCUUCACCAACCACCAGGCCCUUUUAUACCACGCGAAGAACCUUAGUCGAUCCAACCACCAGGCCUUUCGAGACCACCUUGGCCGCGCCAACCACCAGACCCUUUUAG